AUGACUAUUCGAUCUCUCAGUAGUCGCAGUAGCAGUACACAAUUAUAUGCCUGGACGCUGGCAAAUCUCGACGACAGGCUGCAGGGCUCGCGGUUCUUGACUGAUCGAAGACCAGCUGCCACGCCCCACACCAACGAACAACGCAUUUACAUCUUAGGGAUUGGGAACGUGGGACGCCUGUUUGCCGCAUGUCUUGCCAAGCUCGAGGCCAGGCUCCCUAUCACGCUGGUGGUCAAUCGGCUAGAGCUGCUUCAGGAGUGGGCAAAGUCGCCGGGCGUUGAAAUGGUUAGAAAUGGGACAUCUCAACGGAUCACGGAGUUUGACAUUGAAUGGUGGACGGAUCAGCCACCACCACAAGGCCCAAUCCGUGAGCCAGCUUCUGGGCAAACUAUCAACAAUCUCAUCAUCACGACCAAAGCCUCCCAGGCUCUUCCACAGGUGGACCGCCUGUUGCCAUACCUUGACCAGUCAUCCACGAUUGCUUUUGCACAGAAUGGCAUGUGUAAACUCUGGCCACCACUUGGAGCUAUAUAUGUCAAAGAUCGAUUUCCUCCUGGUUCGGAGCCCUCCUGGCUUGCCUGUGUUGUCACACACGGAGUGACAUCGCUUGGUCCUUUCAAAAGUUUACACGCCUCUCCGGCUGGAGUCAUGGUAGGAUCCGUCUCGAACUCCAAGUCUGGGCCAGCCACGAGCAGCUCGAACUUCCUCUCAAGGCAGCUUUGCAACGCUCCAGAUCUCGAAGCCAAGUCUGUCUCGCAACAGCAGCUGUGGAUUGCCCAGCUUGAGAAGCUAGCGGUCAAUAUUGUCAUCAACCCCCUCACCGCGAUUCUAAAUUGCAAGAACGGCGAGAUCUUGGUUGACAGAGGAGAUGAUCUGCCAAAGUUGAUCAGAACUUUGCUCAGUGAGACCUCGCAGGUUUUUCAGGCCCUGGUCGAAGACGCCAGUAGCGAAUCUGUACUCGUGGACGACGACACCAGGCACGAAAGCCAAUGUGACUCUGCGCGUCUGGCGAUGGCUCGAGCUGCUCUCAUCAAACGCUUCUCCCCUGACAAUUUGAUGGCUAUAGUAUACAGCGUUGGGGCAAAGGUUGCAGAAAACACAAGCUCAAUGCUCCAGGAUACCCUCUGUGGAAAGCCGACCGAGAUCCAUGAUCUCAACGGAUGGCUGAUCGAGACCCAGAAAGCCCUUUGUGCCGGCAAGUCGCGGCUCCCAGUCAACCAGGCGCUGAUUGACUUGGUGACCCGGGGUGAGAAGCUCGGUCGGAAAGAGCUCUGCGACUACCUCCUCUCAUUCUCACCUCAAUGA